UUAAGUGGAUUAUAGAAAUCUCUAAAUGUGUAACUGUUUUUCAAAGGAUUUAGCAUCAAUAAAUCAUUUUUAUUUUUCGUGAAAUGAUUGUUAGUAUCGUAAAUCAUUAGGAUGAAAACAACAGCGGAAAGCUCAUGUGAAGUGAGAAGGUGCAAGGUACCUUGCGAGACAUGUAAAGCUUGCAAAUGCAAGCAAAAUGACAUUUAUCCAAAUGACAUCAAGGCAAAUGACACCCAGCCAAAAGAUAACUUGUCAACAUGUAUCAAGGCAAAUUUUAUCCAGUCAAAUGUCAUUCAUCCAAAUGCUACCAACCGAAAUGACAUUCAGCCAAAUGUCAUCAAUACUAUCGUAAACAAGCCAAAUGACAUCCCGUUAAAUGAAACCCUAUCAAAUGACUCCCACAACAAUGACAUAGAGCAGAGCCGCACCAAACUGGAUGACAUACAGCAACAUGACAUCAAAACAAAUGUCAUCUUGACCUAUCCUACAAUCGGAUGCUUCACUGGGAUCUACAGCGUCGCCAUCUUGAUUACCUCAACGUUGACGUCAUACGUCAACUCACAGGUGACUACACUUGAAAGACAGUUCGGCUUCAGUUCCAAGCAGACUGGACUAAUCACUUCCGCCAAUGACGUAGGUUUUCUCACCUGUGUGUUGCUGACAAGUUACCUGGCUUCCAGGAUCAACAUCCCGAAAUUUCUGGGUAUAUCCUGCCUCUUGUAUGGGUUUUCUGGCCUCGUGUGCUCGAUGCCACACUUCCUGUUUGGUCUGGCGCAAGGUGACAACUUUAACGUGACGGCGCCGGAAGGAUCCGUUCCAGGAAUCGUAUGUCGCAGCAACGUCAGCACUACAGCUUGUCUCACAAAGGGAGAGCAUGGACAUUCAAGCGAAAGUUCACAACAUCACGUGACUACCGUAUCUCUGGUCAUCAUCGUGGCCGGGAUGAUGCUGCAGGGGGUGGGGAAGUCCCCCCGGGCCUGCCUGUUCAUCAAGUACGUGGAUGACAAUACGAAGAGGACCAACACAGGCUUUCUAGCAGGAAUCGCAAUGACAGCAGGUAUCUUGGGACCAGCCGGUGCUUUCUUCCUAGGGGGCGUGUUCAGCAAGAUGCACGUGACACUUCAAGAUACCAACCUGACACCCCUCCACCCUAAAUGGAUCGGCGCCUGGUGGCUAGGCUAUGUACUGAUUGGCUGUGCUUCCCUUAUAGCAGCUAUACCUCUUUUCUUCUUUCCAAAGACGAUCCAAAGCCAGAAGUCAAAAUCGUCUGAGUUGACUGCUCGUUCCCCCAAUAAAGACAACUUACAAUCUACUAAGCUCUUGCUAGACAGUGUACCCUGUGAAAAUAUACCAAUGGAUAAUAUAACACAAUCGGUUGAUACAACAACUAGAGAAAAUAGACUAUUGAUGGAUACAACUAGAGAAAAUAGACUAUUGAUGGAUACAACUAGAGAAAAUGAGCCAAAAGCUAUAGUAACACUCGAAGAUUUUCAAGAAAAAGAAAGUUAUAUGUCAAAGGUUAAAAGAAAGCGACAGAUGAAUAAAGCUGCACUUGUUUUCAGCCACUUCAAAGGUUUCUGCAUGUGCAUGCGCCGACUACUCACCAACCCUGUGUACAUGUGCGUAGUCGUGUCCAACUGUUUUAUCAUCUUCAACGUGAGCGGAGGGUCAGCUUUUGGCGCUAAAUACUUGGAGAACAUGUUCAACCUCCCUGCUUACAAGGCUAAUUAUAUUCUAGCUGGUCAAACCUUCACCGCCUCCUGUCUGGGAGUUUUCAUUGGUGGUUUCGUCACUCGCAGACUUAAGAUGACCCCACUGGCAGCUCUCAAGUUCACCAUCGUCGUCUACGUCAUAGCUCUGGCUGGUACAGCCGCGGGCUUUUUCUUGCAGUGUGAGCAGCCAGCUGUACAUGGGAGGUCGAGAGAACAAAUAGAAUGCAAUCGAGAUUGUGAUUGUAAAGACGAGAGUUAUUUCCCCGUAUGUGGGCAAGAUGGUAUAACGUAUUACUCCCCUUGCCUUGCCGGGUGUUCUGGGUUCGACAAGGUGUACACAAACUGCACGUGUGUACCUGGGGGUGAGGCUAGAAUUGGCACCUGUGAUUACGGAUGCUGGCACCUGUAUGUGUAUGUUUUAUGUAUGGGCAUCAGGCAGCUGUUCAGUCCUAUGUCGGUCGUGCCUAAGGUGAUCGUGGUUAUAAGAUCUGUGAAUAGAGCUGACAGAGCCAUGGCUGUUGGCUUGAAUGCUUUUGUCACUUCCAUUUUUGGCUGGCUAUUGGGCCCGGUGGUGUUUGGGAUGAUGAUUGACGGUAUCUGCGUCAUCUGGGAGGCGGGUUGUGGGGGGAGGGGCCGCUGCCUGCUGUACGACCACGCCAUCUUGAAGCGGAAGUUCCACGCCUACAUUGCCGUGCCCUCCCUCCUCUCCUUGCUGUUCAUCGUCGCCGCCUACGUCUACGGCAGGUGCACCAAAUCGAUGAACCGUGACGAGGAUGCAAAUGUUGCGGAAAGAUUAGAUUUUGACUUAUCAGUUUAAAGCUUCGAAAAUAUGUUGCGGGUAAAUAUUAUUUUAAAGAAUGUAACUAUCGGACAUGUUCUUACAAUAUUUAGCUUGUUAAUUAAUUAAAAUGAAAACUUUAAUUAGGCCAAACCAAAGUUGUCUUCGUCGUUGACUGCAUUAUACGAGAUAGAUGAAAUGGGAGUCGAUUCAUAACAUACUUUUUGUUAUGUUUUUUUUAUUAUUUUGUUAGAAUCUUAUGCUA